UUGGAAUUUAAUAGUUUAGCUGCACAAAGUGGACAAAUCAUGAAUGGUGAUCAAUUAUUAGGUAUCAAUGGUCAACGUAUACAAUCAAGAGAACAUGUUAUUGAUUUAUUUCAACAAAGUAAAUCUAAAGUGGUGUUAUUAAUUGCACGUGAAAAUUAUUGUCAUGAGAGUAGAACAACAGUUAAAGAGAAUACAUCGAGUUCAAUUCUUCCGAAAACAUUGAAUACAACACCAGCAGCAGCGGCAGCCGCAGUAGCGACGACACCGGCACCACUGACACCAAAGACAACAACAUCAUCAUUAGAUUUAAACAAUAAAUUAGAAAAUGAAUCAAAUUAUUUAGCACAAAAUUUCAUUCAUCAAAAUUCUCAAACAUGUUCAUCAUCUUCAAUCAAAGAAUUAUCUAGUAAUGAAUUAUGUACAACACAUGAAUUUUCUUCUAAUUCUACCAAUAAAAAUUGUUCAGAUUUUCCG